GCGGUGGUGAGAGAAGGGAACAUCACACUAGGGGGCUUGUUUUCUCUGCAUGAUGCAAUGAUGGAGGCACGGCUGUCUUUCAACUCUCAGCCCGAAUCUCCUCAGUGUACUGGGUUUAAUUUCAGGACAUUUCGGUGGAUGCAGACAAUGAUUUUUGCCAUUGAAAAGAUCAACAGGGACAACCACCUUUUGCCAAACAUCACCCUUGGCUAUAAGAUCUAUGACUCAUGCAGUACCCCUCUCCAUGCACUUCGCACAGCUAUGGAGCUAAUGGGGGAGAGAGAGAAAGGUGGAGAUAUAUACUGUCAGGGAAGGGUGCCUGUUGUCAUUGGUGAUGGUGGAUCUACACUUUCGAUCAUGGUUGCACACUUUCUAGGUGUUUUCCAACUGCCACAGGUCAGCUAUUUCUCUAGUUGUGAGUGUCUGAGUAACAAGAAAGUAUUCCCUGCAUUUCUAAGGACCAUGCCAAGUGACUUCUUCCAGGUGAAUGCCUUGGUUCAGCUGGUACAACACUUUGGCUGGACUUGGAUGGGAACAGUAGCUGGGGAUGAUGCAUACGGCCGGGGAGGAGCCCAAAUCUUCAUUGACAAGGUGUCCAAACAUGGUGCAUGUAUUGCUGUUUAUAAGAUAAUUCCUAAAAACCAUGCCCCAGAAGAGAUGUCCAGGAUUGUGGAGCACAUAAGUGUUUCAGGGGUUCGAGUGGUGUUGGUGUUUGCUUUAGAGCAGGAUACAAAAGCUCUCUUCACUGAGGCUCUCAAACAAAAUCUGACUGGGAUCCAGUGGCUGGCCAGUGAGGCCUGGAUCACGGCUGCAGUCCUCACCAAACCAGAGUUUCAGUCCAUUCUGCAGGGCUCCAUGGGUUUUGCCAUUCGCAGGGCUGAAAUCCCUGGUUUGCAGCCUUUCCUGCUGCGUUUGCAUCCCUCCACAUUCCCUGAUGAUCCUUUCAUUUUGCAGUUCUGGGAGGAGAUGUUUGGGUGUUCUCCUCACACUGCAGUCAGUGGAACAUUCUCAAAUAAACCACCUUGUAAUGGCUCUGAGAUAUUGGCAAAUACUCAAAGCAUAUACUCAGAUGUGUCUCAGUUGAGGAUCUCCUAUAAUGUUUAUAAGGGAGUGUAUGCCAUUGCUUAUGCUCUGGAAGCGAUGCUGAAGUGUGUGCCAGGGAGAGGACCAUUCCCUAGGGGUGUGUGCCCUGACACCCAGACCAUAAAGCCAUGGCAGCUUCUGCACUAUCUGAAAAAAGUGGACUUCACAAAUGAGUAUGGUGAAGAAACUAAGUUUGAUGCAAAUGGUGAUCCAGUGGCCAUAUAUGACCUGAUCAACGUUCAGCUCUCAGAGACUGGUGAGGUCCAGUAUGCCACUGUGGGCACAUUUGAUGAAACCAAGAGCAAUAAACUGCUGAUAGAGGAAAAUCUAAUUAUCUGGAAUGGUAACCAGAGACAAAUCCCUGUGUCUGUCUGCAGUAGCAGUUGUCCCCCAGGCACCAGGAAGGCCAUUAGGCCUAGUUUCCCUGUCUGCUGCUUUGACUGCAUUCUCUGUGCAGCUGGGGAGGUUAGCAAUCAGACAGAUGCCAUAGAGUGUGUGACGUGUGGACCUGAGUUCUGGUCCAACCUGAAGAGAGAUGCCUGUAUACCAAAGCUGGUGGAGUUCCUGUCCUAUGGGGACACAAUGGGCAUGACAUUGCUGGCUGUGGCCUUGCUAGGAUCCUGCACCACACUUGCUGUUGGCCUCAUUUUUGCCUUCAAACGCCACACACCUCUUGUCAGGGCUAACAACUCGGAGCUCAGCUUCUGCAUCCUCAGCUCUCUUUGGCUGUGCUUCCUUUGUGCCCUGGCCUUCAUUGGACAGCCUACUUCCUGGUCAUGCCAGUUACGUCAUACGGCUUUUGGCAUUGCCUUCUGUCUCUGCCUGUCUUGUAUUUUGGGAAAGACAAUGGUGGUUCUGAUGGCUUUCAGAGCCACUCUGCCAGGUAGCAAUGCCAUGAAAUGGUUCAGACCACCACAACUGCGUGCUCUGAUCUUCCUGUGUACAGCAGUGCAGGUUGGGAUUUGUAGUGUGUGGUUGGGCCUGGCACCGCCUGUCCCACGCAGACUAAUGACUCGGGAGUCAGCACACAUCAUCCUGCUGUGUGACAUGGGCUCAACGCUUGCUUUCUCUCUGGUUCUGGGCUACAUUGGCCUGCUGGCUGCAAUCUGCUUCUUGCUAGCCUUCUUCGCCCGGAAGCUCCCAGACAAUUUCAAUGAGGCCAAAUUCAUCACUUUCAGCAUGUUAAUUUUUUGUGCUGUUUGGAUUGCCUUUGUUCCAGCAUACGUCAGCUCCCCGGGAAAGUACUCGGUAGCUGUAGAGGUUUUUGCCAUAUUGGCUUCCAGUUAUGGCCUUUUACUGUGUAUCUUUGCCCCAAAGUGUUACAUAAUUCUGCUCAGACCAGAGAAGAACACAAAGAAGCACCUCAUGGGCAAAACCACAGGAGAAAAAAAAAUGUAG